AUGGCUUUAAAAAUCUUAGUUCUCUGCGCCUUCAUUUCUCUAGCAGCAUCGGUCACAGUAGAACGUGGUCGGAUUGCCCUAGGGGACCCCUAUGGGGCCCAUAUAAUUCACCAUGAAAUUCACGAGAAAUACGCGUUUCCUUUGUUUAUUAGAAGUGAAGAUAUUGUUGUCAAAACUCAGGAUAACGAGGUUAUCAGGGCUGUUGUUGUCAAUGACUUAAAAGGCAAUGGAAAGUGCUACAUCAGUGAAGGUGGUAUUGGACAGAGAUUCGUCACAAUACAUUUGGAAGCGAGCAGAGGUGAAGGAUAUAAGUUUCUUGUCGAAGUUUACGCCUACCAAUAUAGAUAUAAGUGA